AGAAAGAAAUGAUAGGGCAAGGACCAGGCAAAGACUUGAUGGGUAGGGUAGGUGGGGGAUAAUCCACUUGAAAGGCAUAUUUCCCGAAAUGUUAAAUUGUAAAGAAAACUAAACACAAUUGACACCUCUAAAACCAAUUUAAGAAAAGUGUUUUUCCUCUUCCUGUGAUUAAUGUGCUAAAAUUCCAAGGCCAGGUAAAGGGUUUUUGAUCAUCUGGUUUAAGACGAUCGAAUUUUAUUCUUAAUUCAUACUUUCAAUCAUAAUAAGCAUAAAGGAGCUAGAGAGGUUAUGGGUUGAAGAUGUACUGAUAUGCGGUAUGAUAUAACAGUUUUCUGAAAAACAAUACACACAUGCAUACAGCAUACAGUCUCGUACGAAAAACCACUACCACUAACAUUUACGAAAGAAAAUUCCUACAUCCUUAAGCAAAUAUGAACACACAUUUAAAAAAUACAAAUAUAAACAAAAGAAAGAGAAAGGUAAAACAGUUGCAGCCAAUCUAAGAUCAACUUAGCAAAACCAGCCACCACAGCAAGUCUAUAAUGAUGGCCUACAAUUAAUUAAUAAUAACAUAACAGCAAGCAAAUGUCAAUCUCUUAAUGAAGUUUCCACCACUUUGUAACAUACGUGACCGCAUUUGACUAAGGCCUUUCAAGGCACUCCCUUUAAAUUCCCUCCCACACUGCAUCUCUUCCACACCUCUUCUUUUCAUUUACUUCACAAAGAAAAACCCAAAAUUUCCCCAAAUUUUAGUGCCUCUUCAUCGUCUUUCACUUUCACAAAACUUAUAGUUCGAUCGGCAUAAAAAAAAUAAAUAAAAAAAAACCAUCGACAAAAUGUUCUCGUAUAAGUCCCUUAGACAAAGUGCAGCAGUGCUGCUAAAAGUUUUCUUAAUUCUCUUGUUAAACUUGGCUGAUCAUAAUAUCAAUCACUGCUCUUACCUUCCUCAUGCUACCCCAGAUUUCACAAACUUGAGCUCACUUGAUCAAGUAUCAUCACUUAAAAAACUCAAUCUAAAUGGUCGUCUUGAUUUCGAAAAUAUCCAUCGGGUAGCAAAUGACUUCGGUAACAGAUACCAUUUCCUUCCAAUGGCAGUUCUGUUACCAAAAUCAGUUUCUGACAUCUCUACAAUAAUCAAACAUGUUUUCAACAUGGGCCAUAAUCCAGAACUCACUAUUACCGCAAGAGGCCAUGGUCACUCACUUCAAGGCCAAUCGCAAAGUCAUGGCGGCAUAGUCAUCAACAUGGAAUCAUUAGAAGAACCAAAAAUGCAUGUUCAUACAGGGGAACAACCCUAUGUUGAUGUUUCAGGGGGUGAAUUGUGGAUUAAUAUUCUGCAUGAGACCCUAAAACGGGGAUUAACUCCUAAAUCAUGGACCGAUUACCUUUAUUUGACCGUCGGGGGGACCUUAUCAAAUGCUGGGAUUAGCGGACAAGCAUUCCGACAUGGACCUCAAAUAAACAAUGUCCAUCAGCUAGAAGUUAUCACUGGAAAAGGAGACAUAGUGAACUGUUCAGCAAAACAGAACGCUGACCUCUUUUAUGGUGUUCUUGGGGGACUAGGACAGUUUGGCAUCAUCACUCGGGCCAGAAUCUCUCUAGAGCCAGCUUCCAAAAUGGUAAAAUGGAUUAAGGUGCUAUACUCGGAUUUCAACUUAUUUACCAAGGAUCAAGAACAGCUAAUAUCAUCAAAUAAUUCAUUUGAUUAUAUUGAAGGCUUUGUCAUAAUAAACAGAACAGGUCUUAUUAAUAACUGGAGAUCUACCUUCAGCCCCAGAGAGCCCCUGCAGGCUAGUCAAUUUAGCUCAGAAGGAAAAACUCUUUACUGCCUCGAAAUGGCUAAAUACUUUAAUCCCGAGGAUGCGAACAUUACAAAUGAGGAAACAGAACAUAUACUAUCCAAAUUAAAUUAUAUCUCUCACACACUUUUCCAGUCAGAAGUAUCAUACAUGGAUUUCCUAAACAGAGUUCACCUAUCAGAGAUAAAGCUCCGAGAGAAAGGAUUGUGGGAUGUUCCCCAUCCCUGGUUAAAUCUUCUUAUUCCCAAGAGUAAGAUACACACUUUUGCAGAAGAGGUAUUCGGUUAUAUUCUCACAGACACAAGCAAUGGCCCGAUCCUCAUCUAUCCCGUCAACCAGUCAAGAUGGAAUCACAAGACAUCAAUGGUGACCCCAGCAGAAGAUGUUUUCUACCUCAUAGCGUUUUUAACAUCUGCGAUGCCAUCUUCAUCUGGAUCAGACGGACUUGAAAGCAUUUUAGCCAAAAAUAAAAGAAUACUUAAUUUCUGUAAAAUUGCCAAGCUUGGGGCAAAGCAAUAUCUUCCACAUUAUGACAGUCAGGACAGAUGGAGAGCUCAUUUUGGGCCUCGAUGGGAUGUUUUUACACGAAGGAAACUAGCCUAUGACCCUCUAUCAAUUCUCACACCAGGGCAAAGAAUCUUCCCAAAAGGAAGAGCCAUUUCAUGAUACAGGCCAUCAUUUCAAGAACCUAAUUCAAAUUGGUCCGCUCAGCAGCAUAAAAGAGGGAAGCAAUAAAGCUAAAGUCUGUAAGUAGCCCAUCUACAUAGCUGGCACAUCUUUCAGCGCCCUAGUUUCUACAAAUUCACAAAGAAGUACAGCAUUCAUUGAUUUACAAUCUUGUUCUACACAUUUUUCAAACAAUUUUGAACAAGGCACCCAUUUUUGUA